CGUUGUACAUUCGUAUGCUAGCUGGUGAACUCAUUCACACAGCUGUAGCUAUGCCUGAUUACCCAGAUAAAUAUGAGUGAAAGGUAAUGAAAGUCGAAUUUUCCUCCGUGCACACUGUUACUUUCAUAUACAGCUACUAAUGCAUUUGCCCCCUCUCUUCCAAAGUUUCCUUUCUUUUUCAUUUUUAUUAAUUUAUUUUGUAAAUAAAAUUCACCAGUUGCUUGUGCCUAACAGAAGAGUUCUACAAUUUGCUGCCUCUGUAUUGCCUGGAAGGAAACAAGUCUCUUGCACUCUGCUCAAAUGAAUGCUUGAAGCCUUUAUAAGUAAUGUAUUGUAAGUGGUCUGAAAAUUAAUACUUGGAGAUAGUAAUUGGGUUGCUUUCCCUUGCAGCUCAGUUAUGGUUUUCAGUUAAAAAAAAAAAGAUUAAUUACUGAAGGGCACAUGUAUUUACUGUAUUUUUACUGAUGUGUAAACUUUAGGGGAGCCCUGGGCCUACUUACCUUUUUGUGGUCCUUCCAGCAUGCCUCACAAGAUAACAUUCAUGCAUCACUGUAGAUGUGUCAGUGUUUAUAGAUAUGUAUCUCUAGAAAGAUACCUGUUAGGUAUUUAAAAACAUAUUUACUGAAGUGUAAGUCAGUACCUUUAGCUAUUUUCUGAUAAGUUGACUGAUUCAGCGUUACACAUUGCAGGUUAGAAAAGAAAAAAAGGAAAAAAAAUGCUCUCAAGAUGCCUAUGACUUGAUGAAAAAUAAAUAGCUGUAUUUUUAUUUAGUUCUUAUGGACUCAAUCAUAGUGCUUUUUGUUAAUUACUUAUUUUGGUUUCAUAUGGGAAGUGCUGUGUUUGAAGUGACGCGAAUACAACACUUGAUAGAUUUUCAUAAUUAGAAACUACAACAUUUGCACAUCUUAAAUUUAUCUUUGUUAGGGUUUGAGGAGGGAAACAGUAUUGCAUUUGAUUCUCAAAAGAUUUUUCCAAAUUUGUAAUUGCUAAGGGAUUUUAAGUGAAAGCUUUUAAUGCAGGUGAACUGCUUAUAUUAAUACAUACAACUAUCUAACGAAAGAAUACUGAUCAGCUUUCAGUUGGUAAAAUGCAUAAGUAGAAAUCAAGUAGCAUGCUAAAAGAUUCAGGUUGAAGCUAAUUACAGUGCAAAAUAGUUUGAUCAAAUUUUAAUACUGAGUUUUGGUAUUUUAAUAGGCUCUUGUGUAAUAUUCAAACAGCUGAGCGCAAGUAAGUAAAUGCUAGUGGGAAAAUAUUAUAUAAUAUAAAACCAUAUUGUAACUAGCUUCUUUGCUAAAAGCUACCAUUUCUAGAAAUGGAAUCUUUUUUGUAUUCUACGAAGUGUUAUUGUUGUAUGUGUGUUACUGAGGAACAAAUCAACUUUAAAUGUUCUUGUUUUCUGUCAUAUUAAGGUGCAUUUUUACCAUACUGGUGUAGCAAGCUCUUCCUAAUUUCAUCUGAAUGCUUAUCACAUGCUUCUGGCAACGUAUGCUUAGGCAGGAGAGAUUUUGGCAAGAAAGCAUGUGAUUGCAUGUUUAACAAGUCUUCAAACUUUGUUUUGAAUUUCACCUUUAAAACAAAAAGCAUUGAAGUAGGCCUAUUGUUUGAAUUACUCUCCUCCAUUAAGAACAUGAAUCUUUACCCCUCCAGGCUAUGUUCAUUUGCAUUUUAUCUCUGCCACUCUUCCACACUUUUAUUUCACUCUUGACCCUGUUUCUAGGAGAUGUGCGAGUAAGAAGUCGGGCAGGAUUUGAAACAGAGAGAAGAGGUUCUCAUCCAUACAUUGAUUUCCGUAUUUUUCACUCAAAUUCUGAAAUCGAGGUCUCUGUGUCUGCAAGAAAUGUGAGAAGGUUGCUUAGUUUCCAGCGAUACCUGAGAUCUUCCCGUUUUUUCCGUGGUAUCACUGUUCCAAAUUCUUCAAACAUUUUAGAUGAUGAUUAUAAUGGACAAGCAAAGUGUAUGCUCGAGAAGGUUGGAAAUUGGAAUUUUGACAUUUUUCUUUUUGAUAGACUGACAAAUGGAAACAGUCUAGUCAGCUUAACCUUUCAUCUGUUUAAUCUACAUGGACUAAUUGAACACUUCCAAUUAGAUACGAUGAAACUUCGUAGAUUUUUGGUUAUGGUUCAAGAAGAUUAUCACAGUCAAAAUCCUUAUCAUAAUGCAGUUCAUGCUGCUGAUGUGACUCAGGCCAUGCACUGUUACUUAAAAGAGCCCAAGCUUUCUGAGUCUUUAACUCCGUGGGAUGUCCUGCUUAGUUUAAUAGCAGCUGCCACACAUGAUUUGGAUCACCCAGGCGUUAACCAACCUUUCCUAAUUAAAACAAAUCAUUAUUUAGCGACUUUAUAUAAGAAUACCUCAGUAUUAGAGAACCAUCACUGGAGAUCGGCAGUGGGGUUGCUGAGAGAAUCUGGUUUAUUUGCACAUAUGUCAUUAGAAAACAGGCAGCUGAUGGAGAGCCAGAUAGGUGAUCUCAUUCUUGCCACAGACAUCAGCCAACAAAACGAGUACCUGUCCAUGUUCCGAUCCCAUUUGGAUAGAGGAGAUCUAUGUUUAGAGAAUGCAAACCAUCGUCACUUCAUCUUACAGAUGGCUUUGAAGUGCGCAGAUAUUUGUAACCCCUGUCGGACAUGGGAGCUGAGCAAGCAGUGGAGUGAGAAAGUAACAGAGGAGUUCUUCCAUCAAGGUGAUAUUGAAAAAAAAUAUCACUUGGGUGUGAGUCCACUUUGUGACCGACAGACAGAAACUAUUGCCAACAUCCAGAUUGGCUUUAUGACUUACUUAGUGGAACCACUGUUUGGGGAAUGGGCCCGGUUUUCCAACACGAGGCUGUCUCAGACAAUGCUUGGCCACCUGGGACUGAACAAGGCAAGCUGGAAGGGAGUGCAGAGGGAACAGUUGGGCAGCGGUGACGAUGUUGACCCCACUUUUGAGGAAAUGGACUCAGACAUUUUACCUCAGGAACCUCGAUUGUCCUGACCUCAAUCUCCAUGACAAAACUGCCUCUUCCCUCAGUAUCCGCACGGUUGGAUUCAAGGAGACACAUGCCAGCCCUAGGUUUUGGUAGAAUGGUAAAAUGAUGCCAGCAUUAUUUAUUUCCAAGUUUUCCUUUGACACAGACCAUUUGACCCAGAAUUUUUUUAAGCCGCCAGACCUGAACAUAGAGCAAUAUGCACCCGCCUCAGUUGGUUGUCGUUCGGAACCUCGAAUAUGCAAAGCACAGCAGCAACCGAGCCUCGGAGCAACGGGACGGAAGCGUCGCCGUGCCCCCUGGCUUGGGUUUUCUCAUGAUAUUUGGAAUACGGUCUUCAAAUCUAAGACUUGACAUGGAUUGUUCCACUCCCUUGGAAUUUAGCAAGACUUGCAUAAAUGUGUUCAAAGCAUACCUUCCACUCAGUCCCUGUUUUAAUACGGAAAUGUGAAGUGCCCAUCCUCUGCUGCCUCUGGCAAGACUCGAUGUUUACAAAUGUACUCUGAAACUGUCGGUUCUAGACUUAACCUUUGCGCAUGGCUGUGAAGGAACCACUAACUUGGGUUUUUUGCUUUUUUAAAAGAAAAAGAUCAAAUUUGAGACUGCAGCUCUUGUUUCUUUGGAUGCCAGAAAAGCCUCCCAUUUGCCAUAAUUUUGUUUGUGCACUGGGAACUGAGCAUUCAUCAUAGAGCACAGCCAAGCUUUACUCCAGUGCUGUAUGGGAAUGCAAUUUUUUAACAGCGAAAAAACACUUCUGAAUCUGGGAAGGGAAGGGGUGGGGGGGAAGCGUCCGAACUGCAUUGCGAUUCUGCAGUGGGAACAUCGCAUGUUGUUCUCACUAUUGUACACUUGAACUGCACAUGCAAGAAAAAGGUGGAAUGUCUAAACACCAUAAUCAGCUCAGGGUAUUUGCCAAUCUGAAAUAAAGUGGGAUGGGAAGCGUGUCCUUCAGAACAAGGGUACAAAUGCCCCUUUCGCUGCAGCGUGUGUGUAUGUGUGGGUGUGUGAGUACGUUUGGG